AUGGAUACUGAGAUUCUUCAUAUACGCGAGCGAGCUCCAGCAUUUCACAAAGGUGGAAUAAGCGAUUCAGAAUACCUUCAAGUGGCGAGUACUUCUCUUUCUAUUGUUGAUUUCCUCAUUGCAAGCAAGGACACCCUGCCGGCAGGUAUCAAGCAGGCUUUGCAAAAAGCAUUUAGCCAAGGUUCAAAGACGGGCAAGACAGGCACAGCCCGCAAUCGUGAGCAAGCUCUCGCUCGUGUGAAAGAGGUUAGGAAGGAUGAUAUAACGGUCCCCGAAUUUCUCAGCGAUGCCCUUCCAUGCUACGCACGAGAAGGUUCAAUAUUCUGGUCUGGCGGGGAGAAGACCUCCACAGCGCAAUCCAAACACACUAUUCUUGGUGAUAUAUACUUCGCAGACCGACGAAAAGCCAUAGCCAGCUCUAUUCGUCGAGCGUUCCACUCAAUUGCCCUUCGUUAUGUGAUUCAACAAAUUCUGGAAAUUCGUGGGAUUCAGCACUUCACAACUGAGGUCAAAAAAUGGUGUGUUGAUACCAUAUUAUCCGAGGGAAUCGACACAGAAUCGAAGGAGAUUUCUAAGUGGUUUAGCACUGAAUACGAAAUGGGGGCGGUGUACGAGUCAUAUACGCAAAAAUUGGGAUACGGAAUUAUUUUCUAUCUAUUCGCAUUGCCUGCAUCUACAUAUGAAAAGUAUUUGAACAGAACUGACGAUGUGAGUUUCGUCGUUCAUCAUUAUCUUUCUCAGGGGUUUGAAGUAGAAGAAAGCUCGAAUGCUGCGGCCACCAGCAUAAUGGGAUACGUUAAGGAUCGAUUUUGUCGCCAGAUGUCUAUAUUUCGGAAAGAGACCUUGAACCUUUCCAGGCCGCAAAUGCCAAACAAAGGCAAGCGCAAACGUGGAUACUCAUCGCCGUCACGGCCCGCAAACACUGCUCCGCAAACCGUCACAAGUCAGCAGCCUAACGACGAAGCGCAUGCAUCGCAGCAAGAACCUAAUUCUUGGGCAACCUUUACGUGUCAGCAGGUGGAACUAUCAACUGAUAAGACACCGAUUCAGCAACCAGGAUUAUCGACUCCAUUACCCUUAUCUCCUCGAAAUCCUCCAAUCACCCACAGGCCUGGAACCCAUGUUUCACAUAGUCCAUUGCACAGCCAUAUCGCGACAGCAUAUGAAAUUACCGGAGCAAGCAACUCAGUCCUUACUGGAAAUCAACCACACGCUGAAAAUGGGGGUGUCCAUUUUACAAAAGUUGCUGCAAAGGAUCUGGGAUGUUUUCAUCAUCAAAAUUUCCCAUCUAUGAACACAAUCUCCACGAACUCUCAAAGACACGAGCAGCCCCCACCCGCUUUAGGAGCAAGCCAAUCACAACAGAACCCAGGUUUUGGCAAUCUGUACCUCACGGAACCCGAGCCCCCAUAUUCCCUUCCGUCUUUCAAUUCAAUAUCUGCGAUUCCAACCGGAUCACCAGUAUCCAACGAACCUUCGAAUAUUGUUUCCAUCCUACUUCCAUCCUUUUCUCAGAUAACAGGCAUUCCAUCUCCUUGA